UUUAAAUUCUAAAUUUAAAGAAAAAAAGAAAAUAGAUUUAUUUAUGGAAUUAUAAAAUGUCGAUUAGAAUGAACGAUUCAGGAAUAUAAAUAAUCAAAGAAUUCUCUAUAAUCGUGAAAGACAGAAAGAUCCUUCGCGUUGAGUCAUACGAUUCCAUUAUAUUGACAAUUUCAAAAAACUAUUCAUACUAUGAUCAUAGUAUGAUGACGGUUGGGCAAGUAUGCCCCCAUCGUCUACCGGUUCAGGACAUCUCUCUUUCAAGGAGGCAGCGGGGAUUCGACUUCCCCUGGGGGUAGGGUACUACGAAAGGAAGUUGAUCGUGGAUUAUCACUAAGCCUGGAUUGAUUCUUCCCGGGUCGAUGCCCGAGCGGUUAAUGGGGGCGGACUGUAAAUUCGUUGGCAAUAUGUCUACGCUGGUUCAAAUCCAGCUCGGCCCAAUAAUUCGCCGAUCCACCAUGAAAUGAUAUAAGCCAUUUGUUGUUCUCCAGAAAUGCUCGAUCCCAGUCAAAAUCUCUGAUAUUGAUAUAUCUUUAUCCCUAUCGCUAUUACUCUAUUUAUUUUUCUUUUUUCCAACAAGUUUUGAUCUUGCUAAUGAUCUAUAUUCAUAUCAAGAUCUGGAAGUGUAAAGUCUAAUGAAAAGAGUAAAGAAAAAAAA